GAGGAGGAGGAGGAGGUGGAGGUGGAGGUUGAAGCCGCUCCGGGGCGCCCCGGCAGCGCGGUGAGCGGCGGCCCGCGCCGCACGUGGGGCCUGGUGCCGCCGCCGGGCCCCGCGGCGAUGGCGCCGCCCGAGCCCGCGGUGGUGCCCGAGCCCGUGCUGGAGCAGUGGCGGCAGCACAACGAGACUGAGCGGCAGUGGGGGCUGCGCCGCCUCUUCAUCCUCCGGCACCUCCACGACUUCCCCGGCGCCGCCAUCGACCGCCUCCUCGCGCUCUCCGUGCUCUGGACCAACCAUGUCUUCCUGGGGUGCAGAUAUGGUGAGCAGGUCAUGGAGAAGGUUCUCAAGAUGGCUGAAGGCAUUGAUAUCGGGGAAACGAGGACGUACGAGCUUGUCCCUAGCAAGAACCUAAAAAGAUACCGCUCACCGUCUAACAGUCCAGAGCGGGAAGAGAUUUCUGAGCCACCCAAAAAGAUAGUUCCCAAGUUCCGGGUGCGACCACGAUUUGAACCCAUACACUUUGUCACCAGUGCUGAGAAGGAUGACAAGAAGGAAGAUUCUCUGGAUAACCAAACGCAGGAGGUGAACCAGGAGGCGAAUACAAACAGUGUAGCACAGCUGGCUGAGAACUGCACGAGUUCUUUUGCGAGUGCCUGGGAGGCGGAUCCCCAGCUCUCUAGCUCAGCUGGACUUGGCUUCGCAGGCCAAGCAGCAGCAGCCAAGGCAGCUGUGAAUAGCACGGACUCUACCCCGAGCAGCACGGUGCAGGUUUCUGUUUCCCCUUCAGCUGCCCAGUCCACAUCAGAGACUUUCCCGCCAUCGGCGAUAACGCUGAAGCAGAGCUUUAUUGAGAAACUGUCAGCAGCUGUCUGGAAAAACCUCGCAAACCCAGAUGCAAAUACCGGGACUGAUAAAAUUAACUACACGUAUCUUUUGACACGUUCUAUUCAGGCUUGCAAGACAAAUCCUGAAUAUAUUUAUGUUCCUCUGAAGGAAAUUGCCCCCGCUGACCUCCCCAAGAGCAAGAAGCUCCUAACAGAUGGCUUUGCUUGCGAAGUGCGAUGUCAGAAUGUCUACCUGGCCACUGGUUAUGCUGGCAGCAAAAAUGGAUCCAGGGAUCGAGCUGCAGAGCAGGCAGUCAAGCUGCUGAAGAAGUCUGUGGAAGUUCGAGUUGUUCAGCGGAAAUUCAAGCACAUUUAUCACGAAGACUUGGUGGUGUGUGAGGCAGGCGUGAGUCGCCUGGAUUUCCCUCCUGCUCUCAAACCUCAUGAGGAGUUUGUAGUUGCCAACAGGGACUGUGUCCCAAUGCAGCCCGGUGCUGAAUCUGCGAAAGGUUCUGUUAAUAGCAGCAAACACUGGACUAGUUUUGUCCUCACAGAGAACGCCAGUGACGCUAUAGGGAUACUUAACAAUUCUGCCUCAUAUAACAAAAUGUCUGUUGAAUAUAAAUAUGAAUUAAUGCCCAACCGCUCAUGGCGCUGUCAAGUGUACCUGCAGGAUCACUGCCUGGCCGAGGGGUUUGGCACGAAAAAGACCAGUAAGCACGCAGCGGCCGAAGAGGCACUGAAAAUCCUGCAGAAGAUGCAGUCAAAUAUAGCAGCCAUCAAAGUGACCCAGGUUCAGAAAGUGGGCUGCUCAUCGCGGGGCUCCGGCAGGAAGAAGGACCUGAAGGACCUCGUUAUUUACGAGAACUCCAGUAAUCCCGUGUGUACGCUGAACGACACUGCCCAGUUCAACAAGAUGACGGUGGAGUACGUCUUUGAGAGGAUGACUGGCAUGCGGUGGAAAUGCAAGGUGAUGCUUGAAGACGAAUUCAUCGCAGAAGCGGUUGGAGUUAAGAAAUCUGUCAAGCAUGAGGCAGCAGAGGAGGCCGUGAAAAUCCUCAAGAAGACUCAGCCAACUGUUGUUAAUAACCUGAAGAAAGGUACCAUUGAAGACGUCAUCUCCAGAAACGAGAUUCGGGGUCGAUCAGCGGAAGAGGCUUUUAAACAGAAGAUCACGGAAGACAACAUUGGGAAUCAAAUUUUAAGAAAGAUGGGUUGGACAGGCGGUGGCCUGGGGAAGGAUGGCGAAGGAAUCCGAGAGCCCAUCUCGGUGAAGGAGCAGUUUAAAAGGGAAGGACUUGGGCUUGAUGUGGAAAGGGUGAACAAAAUCGCUAAGAGAGACAUCGAAGAGAUCAUUCGGAACUAUGCACGCUCAGAAAGUCAUGUCGACCUGACUUUCUCUAGAGAACUGACCAUGGAUGAGCGGAAGCAGAUACAUCAGAUCGCCCAGAAAUAUGGUCUUAAAAGUAAAUCUCAUGGACAGGGCCACAACAGGUACCUGGUGGUGAGCAGAAAGCGGCGCAAGGAGGAUCUGUUGGACCAGCUGAAGCAGGAAGGCCAGGUUGGGCAUUACGAGCUGAUUAUGCCUCAGGCAAACUGAGGCAGGGUGUCCUGCUCCACUGGAGACUGAGCUUCCCAGACACUCGACUAAAGAUAGACAUGCUGCAUUACUUUUUUUUCUGUUGUGGGUUAUAUUAACGUCAAAGUCUUUUACUUUGUUAAUAUCUAAAAUGUGAUUAGACGUUUAGAACUGAUCAGAUUCUGUUCAAGUAUAUUAGCACAGCCCCAAAGCAGUAGCACUGGUAAUGUACGUGUCUUUGAUAUUACUUGUUCCUCCACAUUUUAAUAGUUUUGUAAUAGCAAAACCACGUGUCCAAAGAGGAGUUUGACAUCACUUAAAAUUCCCUUCCUUGGCCAAGGAAGGAAAAAAUUGCCUUUUUUUUAAAAAAACACAAUAAUAAAAUAAUAAAAAGCAAAGGAGAUGCAGUCUGGGGGAGUAAACCUGUGUGUAAAGUUGGUAUUAAUGACAAUAAAAUAAAGUUUUAUUUCUGGAAAAAAAAACCCAGAUUCAUCACACUUCGUACAAAAAAAAGGUGUGAAAACUGCAUUUAUUCUUGAGAACCGCAUCUAGCAAGGCGGUGUCUCUGCUGCGGGUGUCGCGGUGUCCUUCACCAGUGACACAGAGCAGUUUUAUUCAUAGAUUUCUACCUUGCAUCUCCCAUCCUGAGAAUUACUGAGUGCCUCUCGUUCCUCCGUGUCCUGGAUGGAGACCAUUCCAGUGCGUUUUUACCUUGGAGCGCUGCCUGGCGUGCAAGUGGCCUGCUGAAGUGUGAAAUGGGAGAACUGGAGGUGAGCGCAGAGCCCACGCUCAGGCACUGGUGUAGCUCGCAGGGACUGUUACAUAACUGGUUGCUAACUUUGACUGUAAGCUCCCCAGUCCUGAGCCAACUCAAACCUGUGCCUGAUCGUGUCUUGGCUCUGCUGCUGUGCCUGUGCACGGCCGAGGCGGCUCACAAGUCAGCUUUGCAGUCUUGCUCUGAUGUCUCCAGGACUGAGAUGUGCUGCCAGGAGGCUGAAGCAUCUCUCUCCUUGUAGGGGAAACAGACUCUGACCUCCCUGUGCCGUUCAAGUGCCACAAGACAGGGUGCUUUGUGAGGAACUCAGGAUGCUUCAGCACAAAGCCAGUCCUAAUGAGCCGAUUUUCCAUCUGUCCUGCUGCCUGGUGUCCCAGCUUUGCUUUGCUGCCUGUAUUUGCCUCCACCUUUUACAGCAUCUUUAAGUCCUCCUAGCACUGAGGAGAUGGUGAUGGACCUCUUUUGAUCAGGCAGCACAUCCUGGUGAUGGGUAGGCAGUGGCAUUUUCAUCCCCGCAGUGCGAAAAGGAAGAGGCUGCCCUGGCAGGUAAGGCUCCCUCAGGAAGGAGACUGUGAGCGUUCCCUCCUCUCCUUGCCUCGAUGGGUGCAGCACAGCUUCUGCUCACUUGGACUUGAGAAAGCAAACCCUGCUACUGUAAGAAAAUACCCUGGCAGUUAAUGCUGAAAGCGUGCUGGGAUUUUGGUUUUGUUGGAGGGGUUGUGUGCACAAUUCUCUCUGCUUCUGAAUUUUGCUCUGGAGACGCUGGGCUCUGGCAGAUGGUGCUGUAGGAGUGGAAGAAGCCUGGUGCUUUCUAGGCAGAUAUUCCUGCAGCACGAGUGCAGCUCCCCUCCCUCACUUGACUGUGCUGCAGGUCUGCAAAGCCUGGGGAUGCUGAGAGCGGCAGCAAGAGCAGCGCUGCAGGACUGGAGAUGGAAAAUGCCUCUUGUAGGGCAGCAGAGAAGAGACACGGCACUGGAUAAACGUACUGGUCCCUCAGCAGGAGCUGCCGUGCAGGGCAUGGCUUUGCCUGCCAUGGGUAGCAGGUGUGCUUACAGAACCCAGAGCUUUCAGCAGAACCAGGGCAUGGUUCUUAGCCAAAAGGUGUGAAGGUGAGAGAGGAUUUUUGCAGCUCCAUGCUGUUCUUGCUUCUGUCUGCCUUAGGAGUCCAUGCCACCAUCUCUUUUCUUCUUUUAGUGACUGGCAAGACAAAUACAACACUGGAGGGAUGGGUACAAGGCCUUCUGUGCCAUUAGACUGACCGGGACUGUUCAGAACGGGUUCAGCUUCCAGCAGCUUCCAAAGUCGUUAGAGCUGGUACAGGGCAGUGGUUUGGGUCCUCGGGGUUGGCUUUGGCCAUCCCUGACGGUGCGGGUUCCAAGGCUGGCUGGUUCAGUUUGGUUGGGUUCUCACACUCAUCUGCAGCUGACUGGGUACAACCCAAGCGCUUGUUGCUUGCCUGGCUCUGACUGGGGAAAGUCGUGCUGAGGAAACGCAGGCUCUGCUCUGCCUUCUCCACACGCACAGGGCCCAGCUACGUGCUGUCCUCAGGAACACGAGUGAAUGCACCUUGGGUAGGAGUGCAGGGGUAAACAGCUGCUCUGUUUCUCCAUUUCUCUGCUAUUGGGUUGAUCCCAUCCUGUAUUCCCUCCUCCUGCGGGCUGG